AUGUCCACGGAUGGAUGCGAUGCUGGAUUCGCCCAUCAAGGAUGUGCCAGAUUCUUUGACGAUCGACUCAACCAAGCCCUGGAUCGCAUCGAAUUCGAGGCUGAUCUCCGAAUGGCUGGCAUCGACGGCUUGGCGACUUGUCCUUUCUGCCCUUAUGCCGCCUACACGGAAGGUGGUCGCCGUCAGAUUGAGGAGGCCAUGUCCACUGCGCUCAUCCGCAAAUGCAACAAAUGCGGCACGGCUUUUGUCACAGAAUCAGGUGCCGAGUCGUGCGACUAUGCCCACUUUGACGACAAGUCAAGAGGUGGACGGAAGGGCAAUUGCCCCCUCUUCGACGACGUCGAAACACGCCACAAUAAGGAAGUGCAACAGGCCGAGGCAAAAGCCCACCAGAAGAUUCUCGAGCACAAGGCCAAUUCGGCACCAACGGUGCCCAAGAAGAAUCGCUCAAAAAUGCGGGCUGUCUAG